AUGCGGUCCCUCUUGCCCUUGAUUUCCCUUGUGGUUGGUGCCGCUGCGAAUGGCGGGGAUGAGCCUACAGUCAAGCCCUUUGAUCCCAGCUCUCUAAGCUUGCGGGAAGUUGGUGCGCGCAACACUUUGGAUUGGCGCGUCUGGCUGGAGCAGGACGGCAACCCAAUUUCUUUCUGGCACGAUAUUCCCCUCUUUCCUCUAGGAAAUGUCUCCAACAUUAUCAACAUGUAUGUCGAAAUUCCGCGAUGGACAGAUGCCAAAAUCGAAACAAAGCGAAAUGAACCCUUGAAUCCCAUCUUCCACGACGACAAGAAGAAGAAGCCCCGAUUCAUCUUUAGCGUUUGGCCUCACAAGACCUACCCUUUUAAUUAUGGUUCCAUUCCCCAGACCUGGGAGGACUCGACCGUCGUCCACAACUUUACUGGCUACGUUGGCGACAAUGAUCCAAUGGACAUUUUUGACAUAAGCUCGCUGGAACCUCCUCAUGUUGGACAGCUGAAGCAGGUCAAGGUUCUGGGCGGACUAGCAAUGAUUGACGUACAUUUGCCCCCCCCCAAAACAACUGUCGACGAUCUCGAGGUCUUUCGUCCUGGAAGCAAAGAGGCCUUUUACGACUGGUUCGUUUAUUACAAGGUUAUCAAGGGCUCGGGCAAGAAUUACAUCCAUGGCGACAAGUUUCAGGAUCCAGACACCAUGCUUGCCCAUAUCCGUGAGAGCAACGAGUUUUGGCUCAAUCUGAUGCGCGGAAAAACAAAAAAGGACAAGAUCAACCGCGACCAGACCUCAAACCCCCGUUGGUGCAAGACGUUUGCUGCCUCGAGCAACACUACCGCCAAGUUUGGCAUUCCCGCGAGAAGCAACCUUUUGCCACCCGCCGCGAGACCGAGCCAGUAUGAUCGCUGGUAUUACCUCGACAAGGACUUUAACAUUAUUCCGGGCCAGGUGAUUGAAGAGUAA